UAACUUGGAGUAGUGGUGGCUCAUAUCAGUUUUGUUUCAAUUAAUUUUAGGAGAAGUAGAAUGAAAUAUUCUUCACUUGAGCCUCCUGCGAUCACCACCGCGAAUCCCGAAUCUCCCGCCGACAUCAGACCCCCGCGCUCCGCCGUUCUUUUGUAGCUCGACAUCUCAUUCCUCCGUCUCUGCUACCGCCGUCGAUAAAGGUGCGCAUAAAUCAAUCUUCUAAGACACAUCCAAAAUUCAAAUUUUCAAUCUUACACAUCACAAAAUGUUAUCUUUUCGUAGAAAUUGCUUGAAAUAUUGUACCCACUUCAAUAGAAGAAACACCUCAAAUCAAAAUCCAUGCUUCCACAAAUUUCCUACACUAUUUCAUCUCAAUGACCCAAUUCAGAUAAAUUCACUUAUUAGCUUUAAUUCUUAUCAUUAUUAUUCAACCAAAACCCCUUCAAGAUCUUACAGAAGACGAGCUCGAAACCGGUUUUUAAAAGCCAACAAACCUGUUUUAGACCAAGAAAAGUUUCAAUUUGCACAAUCCCAACUCCUCCCACGGUUUACACCGGAGGAAUUACGCAAUGUUAUUGCGAAUCAACGCGACCCGUUAGUUUGUUUAGAGCUUUUUCAUUGGGCGUCUCACCAGCCGAGGUUUCGCCAUAAUGAGUCGAGUUUUCAUGUUACCAUUAAGAAGCUUGGUGAUGCUAAAAUGUAUCAAGAAAUGGAUGAUGUUGUGAAUCAGUUGCUUGCUGUUCGUUCGAUUGGUAAUGAGGCGUUGUUUAAUAUGAUUAUAUAUUAUUUUACUGAGGCGCGGAAGUUGACUAGAGCCGUUAUUGUGUUUAAGCAUAUGAAGUGUAGUAGAAAUCCGAAUUUUGGGUUUAGGCCUUCGAUUAGAACGUAUAAUAUUCUUUUUGGUGCGUUUUUGAGUAGAGGAUAUAAUACCCAUAUAAACCUAGUGUAUAUGGAGACUAUGAGAUGUUUGUUCAGGCAAAUGGUAAACGAACAUAUAGAACCUGAUAUUUUUUCGUUGAAUUCGAUGAUAAAAGGUUACGUGCUUUCUCUUCAUGUUAACGAUGCGUUGAGGAUAUUUCAUCAGAUGGGUGUGGUUUAUGAUUGUAAACCCAAUUCUUUAACUUAUGAUUACUUGAUUCAUGGGUUGUGUGCCAAAGGAAGAACAGAGAAUGCCAAAGAAUUGUAUCAUGAAAUGAAGGCCAAAGGUUUUGUUCCGAGUAGUAAAUCUUAUAAUUCGCUUGUCAAUUCUUUGGCACUUGUUGGAGAUGUUGAGGAGGCUGUAAAUUAUCUAUGGGAGAUGACUGAAAAGCAAAAAUCAGUUGAUUUUAUUACAUACAGGACUGUACUUGAUGAGAUAUGUAGACGCGGAAGAGUUCAGGAGGCAAUGAGGUUUCUGCAAGAGUUGCAAGAAAAGGACCUUGUUGAUGGGCAUACUUACAGGAAGCUUCUUUAUGUGCUUGAAGAUGAUUAUGGAGAUUCAGAAACCAGAAUUGAUUCAGGUUCAGCUUUAAUCUCACCUUGAAAUUCGUGGAUCUGUUUGGCACGAAGUCCUCAGCACUCAUAAGAUGCAGAAUUGUAACAUUUGUGUUUGGAAAAUUUCAAUUCUGCAUUGCGACCGGACACCAACUAUGAAGCUCCAAAUAGUAGCUUCUAAAGAUCACGGUGGUUUUUGCAUUAGCUCUCAAGAAUAACAACUCGACUUCUAAACCAAACAUUGCAGUAGUUGACUUAAAGGAUGAACCUUGGAUCUAGUAUGUUUCCAUUAUCUCAAUUUCGAAGAUACUUUCUGCUUCUAACCUGAGCAUGUGUGCGUGUAUGAGCUCAUUGUAAUGAACCCGGAUUAUCACGUUCAUUAUGGCUUGAAAGUAGAUCCUCCCAAAUUGCGGAAGAAGUCACACUGUUUCUUGAUCAAUAUAUACAAUUGACUUUGCAAUAUGCUUUUGGUUGCAACAUAAUUCUGGAAUAAUGGUGAUACUUGGUUGAAUAAGAUAUAUCUGCCGUGUCAGAUUAGAUUGAUUAUCAACCUUGAUAGAAAUUAGAAAUUCUUUCCAUAAUGCUUGAAAGUUGCCUUCCUGGCCAAUAUGGAAAAGUGUCCUUGUAAUGAUUUUUAGAUGAAAGCUGGAGGGUGGUUCUUAAUUUGUGUUCUGUGCCACAUUAGGAAAAAGUCUAACCUUUCCCUUCUUCUAAUGAAGGAUGAUGUCUACAAUGUAUUGCUAGUGAAAAUUCAUUUACUGAGGGUGGUGCCUCUAGACUGGCUAAACUUUUUGGUACUCUUAAAGAUGAAAUAAAUAAAGUCUCUGGGAAAUUAUUUGGUCCCCCAUCAUUUUUGAUGA